AUGGGUAAGAAGAAGUCAGACGAGAUUGUUGCUAUCAGGAAUGGGAAAUAUACUUUUAAAGAUUCGAAGAAGGAGAAAAUUUCAGUCCUAGCCAUUCUUGCAAGCAUGGAUAAGAAAGAUGAUAAACCCAAGAUCAAUAAGGGCUCAUCGUCCAGAGCCAAGACUGCUCUAAAAGUUUCGUCCUACACUGAUGACAUAGAUUAUCCUCCUAAUCAUGAUCAAGAAGACGAAGACCAAGGCGUUUUUGCUGAGAAACAAAGACAGAUGCUUGCAAUGAGCAAUCAGAAGGGCAAAGAAAAGAAACUCGAUUUCUCUGUGACUCCUAAGACACAAAUGAAGGCAAAGGGUAAUCAAUUCUCCGCUCUCCUGGCUGCAGAGAUAGGAAAGAAGGAGGCCUUGAAGGACGACCAUGAUGCAUUCACGGUUGUUAUGGGAAGCAAGACAUCGGUGCUUGAUGGAGAAGAAACAGGAGAUGCGAAUGUCAAAGAUAUUAAGAUCAGUUCGUUUUCUGUCUCUGUUCGAGGGAAAGAGCUUCUCACGAAUGCCUCUCUCAUGAUAUCACAUGGGAAAAGGUAUGGAUUGGUGGGCCCAAAUGGUAAGGGUAAGUCUACACUGCUCAAGCUUUUGGCAUGGAGGAAGAUUCCAGUUCCCAAGAAUAUUGACAUUCUUCUUGUUGAGCAAGAGGUGGUCGGUGAUGGAAAGAGUGCUCUGGAAACAGUUGUCUCUGCCAAUGAAGAGCUGUUUAAGCUAAGGGAAGAAGCUGCAGCUCUGGAGAACGAUGAUGCUGAUGGGGAAAAGCUUGCUGAAUUGUAUGAGAGGCUACAUAUGUUGGGGUCAGAUGCUGCUGAAGCGCAGGCUUCCAAAAUUCUUGCGGGUUUAGGUUUCACAGAAGAUAUGAUAGCGGGUGAAACUAAGUUGCUCAGUGGUGGCUGGAGGAUGCGAAUAUCAUUAGCUAGAGCUCUCUUUGUGCGACCUACCCUUUUGUUGUUAGAUGAACCCACCAACCAUCUCGACCUGAGAGCUGUUUUAUGGUUAGAGGAGUAUCUAUGCCGGUGGAAGAAUACGCUGGUUGUUGUUUCACAUGGAGUGGACUUCCUCAACGCUGUCUGCACGGAUAUAAUACAUUUGCACGACAAGAGUCUCCACUUGUAUCGUGGUAAUUACGAUGCUUACGAAACCGGAUAUCUUCAGCGACGUAAGGAGAUGAACAAAAAGUCUGAGAUUUUCCAGAAACGGAUGGAAGCAGCUAAGAGGUCUGGAAACAGGGUAGAACAGGAGAAGGUAAAGGCCUGGGCCAAGCUUGCUGCAGCGAAAGAAGCAUCCAAGCGUAAGGCAAAGGGUAAGACGAUGGAUGACGAGGGCCCAGCACCUGAAGCUCCAAGGAAGUGGAGUGAUUAUAAGGUGGUGCUCGAUUUUCCAGAACCAACCGAGCUCCCUCGUCCUCUUCUGCAGUUGAUUGAGGUUAGCUUCUGCUACCCAAACAAGUCAGAUUUCAGGCUCUCAAAUGUGGAUUUAGGUAUAGAUAUGGGGACACGAGUAGCAAUAGUUGGGCCUAACGGAGCUGGAAAGUCCACUCUUUUGAAUCUUAUUGCGGGAGAUUUAGUUCCGACUGAGGGUGAAGUGAGAAGAAGCCAGAAGCUAAGAAUCGGCAGGUACUCGCAGCACUUUGUUGACCAGUUAUCAAUGUGGGAGACACCGGUUGAGUAUCUUCUUCGUCUGUAUCCUGACCAAGAGGGAUGUAGCAAACAAGAGGCGGUGCGUGCCAAACUGGGCAAGUUUGGGCUAACAGGUGAAAACCAUUCCACUCCAACUGCGAAAUUGUCUGGAGGACAAAAGGCUAGGGUUGUGUUAACCUCAAUCUCAAUGUCGAAGCCACACAUUUUGCUUCUUGACGAGCCAACAAAUCACCUCGACAUGCAGACGAUAGAUGCCUUGGCGGAUGCACUAGAUGAGUUCAAAGGAGGAGUUGUGUUGGUGAGCCACGACUCGAGACUCAUAAGCCGUGUCUGUGAGGACGAGGAGAAGAGUGAAAUUUGGGUUGUGGAAGCCGGGACAGUGACUUUCUUCCGAGGCACGUUUGAAGAGUACAAAGAAGAACUCAUAGGAGAAAUCAAAGCAGAGGUUGAUGAGUUAACUUGUCUUGGCUGCUAA